AUGGACUUCAUCUGCAUCCAUCAGAACUGCAGGGAUCACGGGGGUGCCCCUCGGCGGUGCACGUAUCAGCGGCUCGAAGGGUCAGAUUGCUUUGAGGCCGGCGCAAUCGGCCGCUUCGAGCGCGAGCGUGAGCUCUUCAAGGAGGCCUUGGACAGCCUUGGGAGUUUCUACUCCCACCCUGCCACAGUCGUAUUCAUGCUGACACGGUUCCCCGAUGAUUACGACAAUCCUGGAGUAUACACCCGAUCUGGCAACACUGCACUUUAUUUCGACCGCGGUUGGUGUUUUUGCGAGUCCUCAUGGGCAAUGUUGACGAAGAUUUCUUUCCUUUUGGUGGACCUCGGACAAGCCACUGGAGACGAGACAGCAUAUUUGGGCAACUUCGGCUCUGACGCUCUGGUAUCAACGUGCGCCGCAGGGCGGAAGGCGCCCGCCUUGCCCGACGCUUUCGAAGCGGAGCUCCACAGCAAGAGCUUCACGAACGGCAAGGACGAUCGCCCGCGGGUUGCCGAGCUAUACCGGUGGGCGUUCGCGCAGCGCUUCGAGUCCGCAGAGCAGCUGGUGUACGCGGGGCUGGAAUGGGGGGACGAGGAGUUCAGGCAGGUGGCCGCGGUGCUUACUUCGGUCGCCCUGCCGAGCCUGCAGGUGCUCGGCCUCGCCCGCAACCGCGUGGGGGACGAGGGCGCGGCCGCCCUGGCGGAGGCCCUCCGGGCCCCGGGCGCCCUGCCGAGCCUGCAGGUGCUCAGCCUCGACGAGAACCUCGUGGGGGACGAGGGCGCGGCCGCCCUGGCGGAGGCCCUCCGGGCCCCGGGCGCCCUGCCGAGCCUGCAGGUGCUCGGCCUCGCCAAGAACCGCGUGGAGGACGAGGGCGCGGCCGCCCUGGCGGAGGCCCUCCGGGCCCCGGGCGCCCUGCCGAGCCUGCAGGUGCUCGGCCUCGCCCGCAACCGCGUGGGGGACGAGGGCGCGGCCGCCCUGCGCGCGGCGUGGGCCGCGGGCGGCCACCCCGUGCGCGGUGAGGCCGAGGUGCCGCGCCUUGGCGCGAUCCCGAGGGGCGUGUUCCUCUGA